CUCCUUCCCACUGCCGCCUCCAGGUCCUGCUCCUGCCGCCACCGCUUCCAUCUCGAGCAGAAGCGACCGCGCUCAGCCGCGUACCCCGGAGUCCAGGCACCCGCAGCGGCCGGGGCAUCCCGAGGUACCCACUCCAGGCCUCGCCUGCCCCUACAAGAAGCCCACGUCCCUAUCUUGGGUUCUGGAGCAUCUUGUGGUUUCCAAAAGGAACUCUAGUAUGGAGGUUAAACUUGAAGAGGAUUUUAACAAGACAUUUGUCACAGAGAACAAUACUGCUGCCAGUCGGAACACUGACUUCCCUGCCUGGGAGGACUACAGAGGCACAGAGAACAAUACUUCUGCUGCUCGGAACACUGCCUUCCCUGUCUGGGAGGACUACAGAGGCAGCGUAGAUGAUUUACAAUACUUUCUGAUUGGGCUCUAUACAUUUGUAAGUCUUCUUGGCUUUAUGGGAAAUCUACUUAUCUUAAUGGCUGUUAUGAAAAAGCGGAAUCAGAAGACUACAGUGAACUUUCUCAUAGGCAAUCUGGCCUUCUCUGAUAUCUUAGUUGUCCUGUUUUGCUCACCUUUCACCCUGACUUCUGUCUUGUUGGAUCAGUGGAUGUUUGGUAAAGCUAUGUGCCAUAUCAUGCCAUUCCUUCAGUGUGUGUCAGUUCUGGUUUCAACUCUGAUUUUAAUAUCAAUUGCCAUUGUCAGGUAUCAUAUGAUAAAGCACCCUAUAUCUAACAAUUUAACAGCAAACCAUGGCUAUUUCCUGAUCGCUACUGUCUGGACACUGGGGUUUGCCAUCUGUUCUCCGCUCCCAGUGUUUCACAGUCUUGUGGAACUUAAGGAAACCUUUGGCUCAGCAUUGCUGAGCAGCAAGUAUUUGUGUGUUGAGUCAUGGCCCUCUGAUUCAUACAGAAUUGCUUUCACAAUCUCUUUAUUGCUAGUUCAGUAUAUCCUGCCUUUAGUGUGUUUAACAGUAAGUCAUACUAGUGUCUGCAGGAGUAUAAGUUGUGGAUUGUCCCACAAGGAAAACAGACUUGAAGAAAACGAAAUGAUCAACUUAACUCUACAUCCAUCCAAAAAGAGCAGGAACCAGGCAAAACCCCCCAACACUCAAAAGUGGAGCUACUCAUUCAUCAGAAAGCACAGAAGAAGGUACAGCAAGAAGACGGCAUGUGUGUUACCUGCUCCAGCAGGACCUUCCCAGGAGAAGCACCUAACCAUUCCAGAAAAGCCAGGCUCAGUCCGUAGUCAGCUGUCGCCAUCCAGUAAGGUCAUUCCGGGGGUCCCAAUCUGCUUUGAGGUGAAACCUGAAGAAAGCUCAGACACUCACGAGAUGAGAGUCAAGCGUUCCAUCACAAGAAUAAAACAGAGAUCUCGAAGUGUUUUCUAUAGACUGACUGUAUUGAUACUAGUGUUUGCUGUUAGCUGGAUGCCACUCCACGUCUUCCACGUGGUGACUGAUUUCAACGAUAACCUGAUUUCUAAUAGGCAUUUCAAGCUGGUUUAUUGCAUCUGUCACUUGUUAGGCAUGAUGUCCUGUUGUCUAAACCCUAUCCUAUACGGAUUUCUUAAUAAUGGUAUCAAAGCAGACUUGAGAGCCCUUAUACACUGCUUACACAUGUCAUGAUUCUCUCUGUGCACCGAGGAAAGAAGAAAUGUGACUGCCCACAAUACAUCUGUGCUAAUUGACACAUAACUUACAUAGAAGUGUUCUGGAUCUGAAUGCCAGUUCAUAAUCUAUGUAAGAUCAUUUUAAUGUUGUAAUGUGGUUAAUUCAGUCAGUUGUACAGAGUCAAUGUCGAUCUAAUGAAAUUUCAUGUUUUGAAGUAGUUACAUCACCUUCCAUUUCAUGUCAUUGGUAAUAAGUUGAGUGAUACUCUUUGGUUUAGUGUAAAAAUUAUAGCUAUCCAAAUUGUUAUUUUGUACAAAAAUGUAAGAAGAGAAAAAGUUGUCCCAAAGAAUAUUUAACUACAGAUUUAAGUAAUUUCUAUUGUCUAGGUAUCUUCAUUUCCAUUUCACAGGCUUCUUAACAUUUUUUUUUGUAAAAGUAAAAGAUAUUCAAAAGUCAGAACUCUAUUACAGAUGUAUGCAUAAAACAUGAUUAUAAAUUUAUAGGAGAAAGAUUCACUCCUAUUAUUGAAGACUGGUAAAAUUGUCAGACUAAUCCAGCUGUCCUACUACUAAUAUUUAACUUAUCAAAUACAAAAAGCUUUUAGAUUUUGUUUAGAUUUAUAUCACAUUAAACACUGUCAAAAAAGGCUGUUUUCAUAUGCAUCUUUGAUGUUCUAAAAUGUGAAGUCUAGAUGAUGUCUGUAUUUCCAAUUAUUAAAUAACUUAUAAAACUAUUUUUAAGAGUCCAUAGAUGGUAUGAAUAGUCAGUCAUUUGUUAAUACAAAAUAAAUGUAGAUAACU